GCUACAGUCACGUGACACGAGUUUGGGAAGAUGGUCGAAGUUUCUGCUUCCUCGAAGUAAACCCGCUACCAAAACAGUCUGCCUCUAAAGGGCUGGAAUUUCUCUAAACUGCUGUCAAUUUGCGUUCCGAGUGACUCCUGGAGUGCGGGCUUCAUCCCAGCCCUAUGUCAUGGCAAGUGACGUCACCAAGUCUGGCAGUUCCAAUGGUUACCCUAUGAAGGCACAGCUACAAAUUACUGUGCUAUCAGCAAAACUGAAAGAAAACAAGAAGAACUGGUUUGGUCCUGGUCUUUAUGUAGAAGUUAAUGUUGAUGGCCAGUCCAAGAAAACGGAGAAAUGCAGCAACACCCACAGCCCCAAAUGGAAGCAGCCUCUUACGGUGAUCGUGACUCCCUUCAGCAAACUGGUGUUUCGAGUGUGGAGCCACCAAACCCUUAAGUCGGACAUCCUGCUUGGCAUGACUAAAUUGGACAUCAGCGCCACGCUUAAGUCCAACAACAUGAAGCUCACUGACGUGGUCCAGACCAUCCAGCUGUGUACAGACCGAGACCAGACGGAUUUUGUGGGAGACCUUUCAAUCUGCUUGGAUGGAAUGACAGUCGACCCCGAAAUGUUCGCCAAGGCUGAAGUUGACCGUCAGAAUCUAUCAAAUGGAGACUCUCGUCCCAAUGGAGAACAUACCCCAAGACACAGCCGAGAUAGUUCCCCUGCUUUGGACAACACAGAACACCGCUCGUCUCCCCGGGGCCGAAGGUCUGGUUCUCCCCUGGUGUCUGCAGGGAGCGUGCGGCCGUUGCGGCCACCCAGACCUUCCAGACCUCCUCCUCCAACACCGCGCAGACUCACCUCUUCACCAGCAUCUUCCACCAAUAGCUCUACAUCAGCUGAAAACGGUAAUGGUCAGUCGGGUUCAGAUGUUCGGACAACAGCCCCAGACUCCAGUCCUUCAGCGGGUUCGGACAGGAACACUACAUCUGUAUCGUCGAGCUUUGGACCUCCAGCAACCAGACAGCCAAUGAGCAGCAUCAGCCCUGCAAUUUCAUCCAGGGUCCCUGCAAUCAACUCUGGACCCUUGCCUCCGGGGUGGGAGCAGAGGGUCGAUCAGAACGGCAGGUUGUAUUUUGUCGACCACGUAGAAAAGAGAACGACAUGGGAGCGCCCGGAACCCUUACCUCCAGGCUGGGAACGUCGCGCCGACCAGAUGGGCCGCGUUUACUUUGUCGACCAUAUUACGCGGACUACCACGUGGCAGCGUCCCACAAUGGAGACUGUUCGGAACUAUGAGCAGUGGCAGCACCAGCGCAGCCAGUUGCAGGGUGCCAUGCAACAGUUCAACCAGAGGUUCAUAAUUGGGGGACAGGACCAGGCAGCAGCAGCACAAAACAAGGAGUAUGAUCCUCUUGGACCUCUGCCAAAUGGUUGGGAGAAGAGAACAGACAGCAAUGGAAGAGUGUAUUUUGUGCAUCAUCCUACACGCUCAACACAGUGGGAAGACCCACGGUCUCAAGGGUUGUUGAAUGAGAAGCCACUUCCGGAGGGAUGGGAGAUGAGAUUUACUGUAGAUGGCACUCCCUAUUUCGUAGACCACAACAGAAGAACUACUACCUACAUUGACCCUCGCACUGGAAAAUCCUCACUUGAAAAUGGACCUCAGAUCACCUAUGUCAGAGACUUCAAAGCCAAAAUACAAUACUUCAGAUUCUGGUGCCAGCAACUGUCAAUGCCUCAACACAUCAAGAUCAACGUGUCAAGAAAAACUCUUUUUGAAGACUCCUUCCAGCAGAUAAUGAGCUUCAACGCUCAAGAUUUGCGAAGAAGGCUGUGGAUUAUUUUCCCUGGAGAAGAAGGCCUCGACUACGGAGGUGUUGCCAGGGAAUGGUUUUUCCUGUUGUCCCAUGAAGUGUUGAACCCCAUGUACUGCCUGUUCGAAUAUGCCGGAAAAGAAAACUACUGUCUCCAGAUAAACCCCGCUUCCUACAUCAAUCCUGACCACCUUAAAUAUUUCAAGUUCAUUGGCCGCUUCAUUGCCAUGGCACUUUUCCACAGCAAGUUCAUAGACACUGGUUUCUCAUUGCCAUUUUACAAGCGCAUCCUGAACAAACCUUUGGCCCUCAAAGAUCUAGAGUCAGUUGACCCAGAGUUCUACAACUCCCUCAUUUGGAUCAAGGACAACAACAUUGAGGAGUGCGGCCUGGAAAUGUUCUUCUGUGUUGACAAAGAAAUUUUGGGAGAAAUCAGCACACACGACCUGAAACCUGGUGGAGGAGACAUCCAAGUUACGGAGGAGAACAAAGAGGAGUACAUCAGGUUGGUAGCAGAGUGGAGAUUGUCUAGAGGAGUGGAAGAGCAGACCCAGGCGUUUUUUGAAGGCUUCAAUGAGGUUCUCCCACAACAGUACCUGCAGUAUUUUGAUGCCAAAGAGCUAGAGGUGAUGCUGUGUGGCAUGCAGGAGAUUGACCUUGCAGACUGGCAAAGAAAUACUAUCUACAGACACUAUCCUCGUGGCAGCAAGCAAAUCCUGUGGUUCUGGCAGUUCGUAAAAGACAUGGACAAUGAGAAGAGAAUGAGGCUGCUACAGUUUGUCACUGGUACCUGUCGACUGCCUGUCGGAGGCUUUGCUGAUCUCAUGGGAAGCAACGGUCCCCAGAAGUUCUGUAUUGAGAAGGUGGGAAAGGAAAACUGGCUUCCCCGAAGUCACACAUGUUUCAAUAGAUUGGACUUGCCACCUUACAAGAGCUACGAGCAGCUGAAGGAGAAGCUAAUGUUUGCCAUCGAAGAGACUGAAGGCUUUGGACAGGAGUGAGGCUUUCAAGCGCCGGCUACUUGAAUGGAGCUCGCAGGUUUGAAAUCGGGGAGUCACCCAUACUUAAGAUUCUUUGCUACCACCACCAAAAAGAAAAACUUUCAAUUAGUAGUUUGUUGAAACCAAAAACACCCAAAUUAAUUCCAGAAUGAGCACCAUAUUAUGUUGCGUGUCCACCUCUGACCAUUUCAAGGUCUGCAGCGUGGAGUCGCUUUGUAGUCACUUAGUCAUCUGUCAAGUUUGGGUGAAGGGUAACCCAAAAAUAGAAGCGGAUUGUCUUGUUGGCUCCUAAUCAGCAUCCAUCAUGAUGAUUGUCAAUCUUCUCACCUGCAUCGCUCUCGCUUUUUCUUAUGCUUUGAAGAAAUAACAUGAAAGGGUGGUGCUGCACUUUAAAGCAAACCACGGAUGGUGCCUAUUGCACUCAUUUGGGAGAGAAGUAGCCUCCAUGAUUGUGACCAUAGUUAGCAGUAUUUUUCAUGUCAGAUGCUUACUUCAGUGGCAGCAUUGAAAAUGAGUUCUAGUUUUAUAGGACCACGAUACGUAGGCUGUCAUUGUUUGAUGGGGGAAAUAGGUCGUCAUUGGUAUCGUGUUUUGUUUUCCAGUAUAGGUUUUUGUCAAAUACCUGACCCCAAUGGAGGGGAUGUAUUACGAGACACCAAAAUGAAAGUCAUGCCAAAUUCAGAUAAGCUGGUUAUCAUAGAUUUUUUUGUGUCAUUAGCGAUCUAGGCUUUAAAAUAGGCUACUGCAUUCUAAUUGCCUUCUUUACGCUUAACUAAUCACAUAGAUGUUUGAAAAAUAACGUUAAGAUUUUGAAACACCUCAUUCAAAAGCUCUAAUAGCGUUCCGGUUUGUACACCUUAUUUUUGUAAACUUUACAGCGAACUACAUGUAAUCGGUGUGAAAUAGUAAGCAGUGUUUGUCUUCAUUUUUGAAGAUGUACUCUUCAUUAGACCCCAAAUAAGUGUUGAUUGUGACUUAACAUAAAACAUUCUAACAGUGUUUUUGAAAUUCUGUCAACGGGACAGAGUGGGAGGUUUAUGAUAGCAAUUAAGUUCUAACGAUGUUAGCGUUAGCAAAGAAAUACACUGGAUAUAAAAAGUAAACACACACUCUUCAAGUGCAAGAUUUUUGUGGUGGAAAACAUUUCGAUUCUUUUUCCACUAUCCAAAUAGCUUGAAAAAUUGAGGAAGUAAAAUUAACGGGAUAAUUGGUGCAUGGUUCUGAACACAAGUGACUUGACACGUGCAAGAUUUGACAUGUUCUUUUUUUUCUCAUGAAUAAGGAAAUGUAUAUAUACACCACAAAAACCUUGCAUUCAAGCAGGGGUGCGCUGAUGUUUGAUGUUCACUCGAAAUAAAUCAUAACACACCAUUUUGCUUAUUUUACAUGCAGUAGGAUUCCUGCACGUGAAAAUCAAUCUGCUGUAAAUAACAUUUAACAUUGUUUUCUUUUGUAAAAACAAAAAUAAUAAGAGGUUUAUGGUAUCACUAUAUUUUCUUCCUGCUUUCUUAUUUCUCAUGUAUGUGGAAUAUGUGGGGGGGGGAACUGAAAAUACUCAUCGUUAAUAAAUUAAACAAAUAAAAAAAUAUUGAAUCAAAUGUCUGUGUGUUGUCAUGUACAGUAUUUCGACAGCUAUCCUAAUCUUGUAGAAAAUGACAAUUUUUCAUGAAUAUUCCAGUAUUCUUUGGGAAUUCAGAGUAUCUUGUAUUGAAGUGUCCAGUAGUACCUGUACUUACGAACAUCUCUACAAAGUGAGUUUUCAGGUUACGAGGCAAAAAUAGAGCAGAGAGGAGCAGAAGUCUUUGCACCUAUUGGGAUUUUGGAAGAACAGCCACUUAGAAAAUACGUAGAAGUCUAUCUACAAAAAAAAAUUCCAGAAAUCACAUUGAAUUUAAAUAUUGUCCCUGACAAAAGUCUUGUCGCUUAUCCAUUUUGUCGAAACAAUUGCUA